UCAGAAGAACAAUGGAGAUCUGGAGUUUUUUUACUUUUCUACUUGUCGGCAGUUUGAUCCUAAAGUAUCUGAAACAGCUCUGGUCAAGCAGGAACUACCCUCCUGGACCUUUCCAGCUUCCCCUCAUCGGGGGUCUGUGGCGAAUAGGAACGACAUUGAGUCAAGAUACAUUAAUAAAGCUUGCAAAGCAAUACGGAAACAUUUUCACAAUAUGGAUGGGCCCGUAUCCUAUAGUUGUCCUGUCCGGUUACCAAGCAGUGAAAGAAGGACUAAUCAACCAUGCAGAAGAGUUUGGUGAGCGACCCGUGACUCCUACAACCAAAGCCAUGUGUAAAAAAAGGGGUAUUUUGACAACAAACAGUCACACUUGGAGGCAACAAAGAUGGUUUGGGCAAGCUACCUUGCGGAAGUUGGGCCUGGGGAAGAAAUACGCAGAGCACGUGAUAGAAGAGGAGGCCCUUGGGAUUGUGGAGGUGUUCGCGCGCACAAAGGGCCAUCCAAUUGACCCAGUACUACCAGUGACAAGUGCCAUCUUAAAAGUGAUCUGUGGUGUCAUUUGGGGGAACCAGUUUUAUCAUAGCGAGGAGGAAAACCAGAAAAUGAUAGAACAGCUUGCAAUUUUUACCAGAUUUGGAGACAGCAUCUUUUAUAUUCUCUAUGAAAUGUUUCCAUGGCUCAUGGAACAUUUCUCAACACCUGUCUCAAAUGCCAUUGCAAAAAUCGACAGGGCGAUUAUACUUUUAAAGCAAGAGAUUGCAAAACACAAGGAACAUGAGAUGCAACAUGAUCCCCAGGAUUUCAGUGAUUUCUAUCUGUAUCAGAUAGAGAAAACCAAGAAUGAUCCUAACUCUACUUAUAAUGAAGACAAUCUGGCUCAGUGUAUCCUUGAGUUCCUUGCUGCAGGAACAGAAACUACUGGCAGUGCUCUGCAAUGGGCACUGUUCCGCAUGGCAAGUCAUCCAGAUAUCCAAGAUAAAGUCUAUGAGGAGAUAGAGGAAGUUUCGGGUACCUCUCAAUCAAUCUGCUAUCAAGAUCGGAAGAAACUGCCCUACACCAAUGCUGUGAUUCAUGAGGUCUUACGUGCAAAUUAUGUCUUACCUGUUGGGAUUGUUAGGCGAACUACCAAAGAUGUGAACAUGUAUGGUUAUACCAUUCCCAAGAGGACCUGUAUCAUGCCAAACCUGGCCUCAGUAUUUCUUGAUCCCAAGCAGUGGGAGACACCUAGAGAAUUCAACCCCAAUCACUUCUUAGAUAAGGAUGGACAUUUCGUGGUUAGAGAAGAAUUUCUGGCAUUUGGAGCAGGUACUCGAGUGUGCCCAGGGGAGCAGUUGGCACGGAUGGAGCUCUUCCUUUUCUUUACUCACCUGAUGAGGGCAUUCAGGUUCCAGUUUCCAGAAGAAGCCAGCAAAAUGACCGAGGCGCCUGUCUUAGGGUUCACAUUCCACCCACAGCCUUAUAAAAUCUGUGCUAUUCCCCGCUCUGAUUCAUCACAAGGAAAAUUAAAAUAAUAAA